AUGCUUCAAAAGGUGUCAGAGAGCGACUCUGUGACUAUUGCGUUUUCCUCCUCCCUGCCCUUCUUCGAUCUCUCUACAAAAGGGGCAGAGACCUGGACAAGGCUUCCAGCGUCCACUGAGGCCAGUGCAGCCUACACCUCACUGAGGCCCGCAGAGCGCACGCGACCCGGUUCGGGUCCCGAUCGCGGGGACUCGCCUCUUGGACGCCGCCCCGAGUGCCGGGACCCCGGCACGCUGCAGCGCGCGGGCCGCACUCCGCAUCGCCGAGCUCCGCCAGCCUGGCCCGUGGCUUUGGCCUCCACGGAGCCUGGUCUCCCGGCCUCCCUUCAUGUUUCUCCGCAUCCUUCCAACACCCUUCCUGCUGCUCCACCGCCUCCCAUUCAUUGCAUCCGUUUCUCCUUCCCGGGCCUGGACCGUGGCCCGGAGUCUGGCCUGAGAGCGCAGCCCGCGCUGCUGGCAGGGCAGAGGAAGAUAUCUGCGCUCAAGCGGAUGAUGUGGGUCUCCAAUCGCUCUCUGAUCGCCUUCAUCUUCUUCUUCUCCCUCUCCACGUCCUGUCUCUACUUCAUCUAUGUGGCUCCAGGCAUCGCCAACACAUACCUCUUUAUGGUACAAGCUAGAGGUAUCAUGCUGAGAGAGAAUGUGAAAACAAUUGGACACAUGAUCAGACUGUAUACCAAUAAAAACACUACGCUCAACGAACGGGGAUUCCUCAGUGUCAAUGUAAGUGAGAUCAGUUUUGAUGAAGUCCAUCAGCUCUUCUCCAAGGACUCAGACAUUGGGCCAGGAGGCCACUGGAGGCCCAAGGACUGCACGCCCAGAUGGAAGGUGGCAGUUCUCAUCCCCUUCCGAAACCGCCAUGAACAUCUUCCGAUUUUUUUCCUGCACCUGAUUUCGAUGCUCCAGAAACAGCGGCUGGAAUUUGCCUUUUAUGUCAUCGAACAGACCGGCACACAACCAUUCAAUCGUGCAAUGCUCUUUAAUGUGGGUUUCAAAGAGGCCAUGAAAGACAGAGCCUGGGACUGUGUGAUCUUCCAUGAUGUGGAUCAUCUGCCUGAAAAUGAUCGGAACUACUACGGAUGUGGAGAGAUGCCGAGGCACUUUGCAACGAAGCUGGACAAGUACAUGUACAUUCUUCCCUAUACGGAGUUUUUUGGUGGGGUGAGUGGCCUGACAGUGGAGCAAUUCAGGAAGAUCAACGGCUUUUCCAAUGCCUUCUGGGGGUGGGGAGGAGAGGACGAUGACCUUUGGAACAGAGUUCACUACGCUGGCUACAAUGUAACCCGGCCAGAAGGAGACUUGGGAAAAUACAUAUCUAUUCUUCAUCACCAUCGAGGGGAAGUACAGUUCUUAGGAUGGUAUAAAUUACUUCGGUAUUCCAAGGAGCGGCAGUACAUCAAUGGACUGAACAAUUUAUUAUACCACCCAAAAAUACUGGUUGAUAGGCUGUAUACAAAUAUAUCUGUAAACCUCAUGCCAGAAUUAGCUCCAAUUGAAGACUAUUAAAAGAAGUCAUUCUCAUGGUGGGGUAGACCACAGUGCUGGAUCAUGAACUUGGCUUGGAGUGCC